AUGAAAAGCGUAAUACUCUCACUUUUACUGUUCGCAGCGGCGGCUUCCGCCACCGUCCUUUGGGACGGAAGGUUCAGCAACUACACAACGGCGGCGGACUUUGACAAAUGGAGCUGGAGCAGCCAAGUCGGACAAUACCAGACGUACAUCUACGGCAACCUGCAUGGCGAGACCGCUUCUUCGUGGCUCACGCUCGGCAGCCAGUUCAAGAAUCCCGCGACGACGGGCGAGAAGCAGGGGGUCAAAGUCAAGAUUAACGCGCAGUCGACUUGGAACGGCGGUCCGAUGCUCAGGACGGAGCUCCUCCCGCAGACGACGAAUUCCCUGACGGGGCACCUCUUUUUCCAUGUUUCUCUGCAGAUUCCGACCGUGAACCCGCCCGAUCCGGCGUAUGAGCAUCAGAUUGUCUUUUGGGAAAGCCACUUCGCCGACAUCAAGUACGGCCAGCUGAGCGGCCAAAACGGUGUUGCGGACACCCUCCAGGUCAUCACCGGCGGCAAAAGCAUCUGGUCCGUCCAGCAGCCCGUCAAGGGCACUUGGUACAACUUUAUCCUGGAAACGGGCUCACCCGGCGGCUUGUGGGUGUCGACCGGAAGCGCACCGCUCACGAAGGUGUUCACGGGUUCGCUGGGUGGCAGCGGGGGCACGGACUGGCACAUCGGUGCUCUGAGGCUGCCGAUCAACGGGGCCGCCCAGCAGAUCACGGAGACGGAUUUGUACUACAGCGGGAUUUACGUCGAGGACACCGGGCCUACCACGCAGCCGUGAGCCGGGUGAAUACCGUUUCGUCACUUCGUGCGACUUGGACAGUGUGGCAAGGCACUCGCGACGGCGUUACGGAGGUGAUGGACUGCGCAGAGAUAGGCUAAGGCUAAGGCUACGAUGUGUUGACAGCUGGUACUUUUUGUACGUGCGGCACCGGGCAAUUGAACACCUCCAGCGCCGC